AUGAAGACCUGCGCAAUCGUUUUAUUAUUUAUCUUUUGUUAUUCCGAAUGUCGUAAGGUGUACGCACCGAUCGACAAGAAUGUCAACCUUGCAUUUAUCAAUAUGGAGGCGGGUGGUGUUCCUGCCAACAAACCAGCCAACGCCCGCCCGGCGCCAGUGGCUUCAUCGGCAACCACCUUGCCUCCGAAAAUUGUGCCUACGCUAACUCCUGCACCCACUACCAGCAAAGCCGCGCCGGCGACCACACCCACGCAACCGACUCCUCUGCCAAAGCAGAUAAAACCGGUGCCCGUGAAUCCGUCACCAGCUGCGAAUCCUAUCACCACCCCAGGUCCUGGCAGCGUGAAGCAACUCAUUACAUUCUACGACAGUCAGGGCAAAGCAAGCCUAAUAAGGCCCUACAGCUACAGUCAAGCAGUGAAGCAAGGU